AAGGCAUUGAGCAACUAUGGUCGCUAUUGCGUCUCUGAGGCGUCUGGGACUGCUCGCCAUAGCCGCUGUCGCAGUGACAACCCAGUCCUCCGCAGCCUCCGUCAAUAACACGCCGAAUCCGCUGUUUCCGAAGGACAUGGUGGAUUAUCUGCAAUGCCAAGUGUGCCAGACUCCGGAACUCACGGGCAGCGUGCAGGACUCCGCGUGUGACUACGAGACAGUGGACAAGGCGGUGAACGAGCAUUUUCAUCCACUACUACACGAACUGUCGCGCCUUACUUUUUUCCGGUACUUUAAAGUGGACCUGGGGAAAGAGUGCCCCUUCCAGGCGUGGCGGGACGACGGCAUGUGCGCUAGUAUCGACUGCGCAGUCUGUGAAUGCCCGUCGCACGAGAUUCCAGCUCCAUGGAGUGUGAUGGACCAGCAGGAGCGACUUAGUGAAAGACAGGAGGCUGGAAAGCCUUGCGACGAACAAACCGGAGAGAGCACGCUGUCUAAGGUCGACCGCAAGAACGCUGCGGCAGGAGAGACUUUCAAGGAAUGGGAAGAAGUCUCCAGUGCAAAUGUUUGGGCAACGCAGGGUGACGCAGAGGAGAUGAUGACGUACAUUAAUUUACUGGAGAACCCAGAGAGAUACACAGGAUACAGCGGCAUCCAGGCCGAGCGCAUCUGGAAGGCCAUUUACAAGGAAAACUGCUUCACACCUUCGGAAGAGAGCGUUCUGGAUAACUUGUGUCUUGAAGAGCGUGUGUACUACCGCCUCAUCAGUGGGCUACAGGCAUCGAUCAACACACACAUCGCGCUUACUUACAAAUACGGCGACAAAUGGGGCGUUAACCCAUCGCUGUUCGUUAACCGAGUUGGCAAGCACCGUGAACGGCUGCAGAAUCUUUAUUUUGCCUACUUGUUCGUCAUGCGUGCGAUCAGCAAAUACCGACAUGAACUACUGGCUUAUGAUUACAACACGGGAAACGCUGCAGAUGACGUCCGUGUGAGGGAAAUUUUGCGCCAGCUCUUGCUGGAAGGGUCGGACGAUGCUCGGGCGACGGGAGUGUCUUGCCCAGCGUAUGCUGAGUGCUCAUCCGUGCUGUCUGGCUUUGACGAGAGUGCACUCUUCCGUGUUCAAGCCGACGGAUUAUCUGUCGAUCAGCUUGCACAAGCCAAACAGGAGAAAGAGCAGCUUGAUGUGCAAUUCCGUGAGAAGUUCCAGAACGUGAGUCGCAUCAUGGACUGCGUCACGUGCGAGAAAUGUCGACUUUGGGGCAAGCUGCAAACUAUGGGAUUGGGUACGGCCAUCAAGAUCUUGCUCACGGAGGACGUGUCAACAAUCUCAAAGUUGCACCGAAACGAGCUCAUCGCGCUCAUUAAUGUGGCAAAUAAUCUUUCGCGCAGUGUGGACGGAGUCAAAAUGAUGCGAGAACUCGAAUUCAUGGAGGCAGUGAAGCAAUUUGGCCUCGUCUGUGGUGGCGCUGUUUUGCUCGUUUUGAUUCUCAUUGCCAUUUUCCGCAAACGAAAAAAUAGAAAGCGUGCGCACGAGAAGCAGGAGUAG